CAGUUGCAGCUCGUUGAUUGGUGGAGGCGGCGUGGGCGGGGCCGGCUGAAAGGGCCACGCCCCCUCGCGAGGCUUACCUGCGUCAAAGCCUGAGGCUGCUUCAUUUGGAAGAGGAGGAAGGGUCUGGGUUGCCUGAGCCCAGGUACAACAAUGGAUCUUGUCCUGGCCUGUGCAGAUAGCUCCGUUUUGACACCGUAUGUCUAUCCAGCAACAUGGCUGGAAGAUUCUCCUGUUCGACAGCUGCUCAGUCUCUUUGUCAUAACCAACCUCGGUGCACUUGUAAUUUAUCUGCUCUUCGGCAGCCUCAGCUACUAUUUCAUAUUUGAUCACUCGCUAAAGAACCAUCCUCAGUUUUUAGAGAAUCAAGUGCAACGUGAGAUAAAACACACGCUCAAAUCUUUGCCAUGGAUCAGUGUCCCUACUGUUGCCAUCUUCUUUGCUGAAGUCAGAGGCUACAGCAAGCUCUAUGACAACAUUGAAGACUCUCCUUACGGGUGGUUUGGUGUUAUCGUCAGCAUGCUGUCUUUUCUCUUCUUCACGGAUAUGUGUAUUUAUUGGAUUCAUCGAUUUCUCCAUCAUAAAUUCUUCUAUAAGCGUUUCCAUAAACCGCACCAUGCAUGGAAGAUACCGACUCCAUUCGCAAGUCAUGCUUUCCACCCUGUUGAUGGCUUCCUUCAAAGCACCCCUUAUCACAUCUACCCGUUCUUUUUUCCUCUGCACAAGGUGACCUAUUUGGGCCUCUACAUCUUUGUCAAUAUCUGGACAAUCUCCAUUCACGACGGGGACUACCGUGUUCCUUUCCUACUGAGGGAGGUUAUCAAUGGGUCUGCCCAUCACACGGAUCACCACUUGUACUUUGAUUAUAAUUAUGGCCAGUAUUUCACACUCUGGGAUAGGAUAGGAGGCUCAUACAAAAACCCUUCCUCUUUUGAAGGGAAAGGUCCUCACGAUUGCUUGAAAAAGCUGAAAGAAAGCAAACUGAACAAUUUGAGAAAUGGCCAUGGAGAGGAGAAAAUAUUAGGAGACAACUUUAAAAAUAAAUAGGCUGAAUACCAUGUGUGCAUAAAGAACUGUAUAUGAAUAGCAUUCCCCUCUCCUAUAGCAUCACCUGGUGAUGAAACCAUGAUAUUCUGUAAAGAGGACCCUGCUUGGAGAAGCAGAAAGAAAUAAGAUCUAUGUGCUGAACGAUGCCUUUGCUGUUGAUAACUAAUGGAGAAACCGUACUUCUUGAUUUCAGUGAUGAUAUGUUAAUUCCAAGAGUGGUCCUUGCUUGAUACAUAGGAAAUGAAACCUGACAUUAUCCUCUUGCCAUCGGAAUGAAACUAUAAUGCUAAUGCUCAGACUUGCUGCAUAAUGCUAAUGCUGGGAGUCUCACAUCUAUACUUAGCCGUAGGUCACUUGUAAUUCCAGUAAGAGGGUGCAAAUUGCUGUUGUACAGCUAAUGGACUAUACUGUAUUAAUGAAGGUAUGUAGAAUUGGGAUAGGGUCACAUGAUAACUUCAUUGUAUAUUCCUUUCAGAGUAGGUAUCAACUCUUUUAAAUGGGGCACUAGUUUUCCAAGUGCACCAUUCUAUCAAGGAGUGAGAUACUAAGAAUAAUAGCCUCUUGUGGAGUACAGUAUGUCCAGAAGGAUGUCCAAAUGUGUGUGUGUGUUUAAAUUGUCAGGAGAUUUACAACAAGUUGAUAGUAUGCCUGGGUAUUGUGUCACUGAUGUGGUAGAAUGGACACUUGUAGGGUAUUUUAAUAUCCCUUACCCAAGAGCGUCACAGCAGGAGAAGUAAAAUAUAGGAACUAUGAAGGAUUUUCCAAGAUGCUUUCAGAAUACUUUGAGUUGUUGUUCUUGGUUUAUGUUAAAAACAUAAGCAGAAUCUCUUUGUGGAGUUGGCUCCAGUACUUUACAGACUGGCAGUAGCUGCCCUACCCCUUGGAUUCAAUCUACCAGUAAAUUUAUUUUCAGUAAGGCUUUCAUAGGAGACUGUUUUGGUGCAUUUUUCUUAGCAGAUUUUCCCGAGCUGUCUGCUUAGCUUUGUCUCCCUUCAACAUGUGUAACUUUGAAGUCUAAGCACCAAAAGACUAAUUUAAACAGCCAAACUUUCACUGUGCAAUGUCCUUACUGCUUUGAUAAAGACAAAUGCAUUUUGUCGAGUUCUGGAGACAAUGCAAAAAGGAGUUCUGUUUGAUAAUUAUAUCUUCUGAAGGAUUUGGGUGUGUGUGAGUUAAACCAGGUAGACUGUGGAAGCUGUCUUUCCUUUAAAAAUAUUUUCAGGAGAUGAAAGCAUGAUUGCUAUUAAUGUUACAUAUGCUUACAAAAUUAUCUGUAGUCAGUGAGAAGGAAGAGUGUGUUCUUCUCUUAUAAAGCCGUGGGUGUUUUGUUUUGUUUUGUUUUAAAUUACAGGAGUAAACUAGAAGGUAAGUGUGUUUCCCUGCAUCUAGAACUUUCUCAUUAUUCUCCAAGGAGAUUUUAAAACCAAACCUCUCUGGGGGAGAGAACAAAGGCAAACAACAGGGUCAUGGUUUGAGGCAUGGAUGGUUACCGUACUUUUUUUCUGGGUCUUUGACAUGGGCAGCCCCUGGAAACCACAAGUUCAUUGCACCUGGAAUAUUCCUCCUUUUAUUUAUUUCUCCCUCCCCAUCCCUGGGAUUCAUCCCCUCUAUCCAUGAGAAGUAGAUAAGGUCUCAAAUACUAAUUAUAGAUAUCUACCACAAAUACACUUCUCACCAGAGACUGGACUUUUUGUUUUUAAGCUGUUCAGUCUAUUGCGUGCACAUGGAAAUGUGUUGCUAGGAAUCAGGUGGAAAGAUUGUCUGCAAAAACACCUUUGCAGCACAUGGCCUUGUUGUCGAUCCCAAUGGUCCCUGCAAAUGUACAUUUACCCCUCUGUUAUCUACAUCCCUAUAGAUGCCAAAGGCUGAAUUCAGAAUGUUUAAAUGAAUGUUUUCCCUUUAUUACUGCUCUGCACAGAAUUGUGAUGAAUAACUUUGCCCUGCCAAAGGAGCUCAGCACCCUGGCCGAGGUCUAAGGGUAUCUAUCCUUCUAUAUCCAAAAUGAACAGAAUUGGGAGGUUUACCCUACUCCCUCUCCUGUUGCAGCCCUCCAGAGCACCAAAAUCCUGCUCCAAAGUGGUUCCCAGACUUUCAGAGAGAGAUGCCAGGAAAUAUGGGCAACUGUAAAUUGGGGAUCACCAAUUCUGACAGAAGCACUGGAUGUGGAAGGUGUACACCACUGGAUCCUGGCCCCUGUGUUUUUCCUUUUAAAAUCCUCAUGUUCUUCAAUGUUGAAGCUACAUCACAUACACACAUGCAUAGGUUGUGUGUGACUCAGGGUAGGGAUUUGUGAAAACCAAGAACUGGAAAAGGGACCGCUGGUGCCAUGAAGUAUUCAUUUAAUUGUUGCCAUAGAGAUGUCAGCUGGCUUGAUGUGGAGCAAAUAGGACAAGGAACGCAAUGAGAGAAUCUUGUUUUCUUUUUCUUUUUUUAUCAAUCGCGAAGCCUGUGAGAAAUGUGUGCAGCCUCCUGCUGCUUGUGCCAAAGGAACAUGUUUGCUGAAAGGAUUCAAAACUAACCCUACCUAGAUCCAUCUUGGUUUUGAUGGUUAAGUCAAAUAUUCUGCCUGAAACUUUCUGAACCUUACAGCCAUGGAACAAACUAAAAUGGACAAGGUUUUGCAUGUUCUUGUUUGUAAAUGAACAUGAUAUCCUAAUGCUUGUGAAUGGGGGUUGAUCUUUGUCCAUCAUUCAUACUAAUGCGUGUGGGGGUUUUUUUGUUUUGUUUUUUGGUGAUAAAUAAUAAAAGGUGAACUUUCUGAUUUA